UUCACACAAACGACCCAGCGACCAGCAUCGCCUUCGUCAUUACAUCGCAGCGUUCUCUCACUCACACACUCUCUGUGAGUAUCUUCGACUCCAUGAUAUGCUCCUUCGUGAAGCGUGAACUUCGAUUUCUCUUCCGAUUUCUACUGCGUUUUGUCAUCCGAUCCUUUACCAGAGCCAUGGGUUGCUUCCUCGGCUGCUUAAGAGCCGAAGACGAUGACGAUCGCCUCCUCCCUACGUCUCAGCAGCACAAAUCCAGGGGACUUGUGACAUCUCAAAAUCCCCUAUGUUUAUUUCUAUCUAAAGCUUUAAAAAGAAAAGAAGCUUCGCUGCGUCUUGGUAGGGACAAUCUUGGUUUCGGAUCUCAGAUAGAUGACAGGGGGCUCAAGGAAGAGAAUAAUGAUAAAUACUCGAACUACAACAUGGCCGAUUUUGAGAAAUCAUGCAAGCCACAGACUUCAUCAUAAUCCUCAAUCACUCAAUGGAUAAUAUUUGUGUUGAAUCUUCAGCAUCUUCUUACCAAGCUGUUUUGAAAUUUCUUAUUACUUUUCCACAUCAAGAGAUGUUUGUGCUUAAUAAAUUUCCAAUUCUCUCCACCAUCUUUCCCAAUAUAUUGGGAAAUUUUCUGGCGAUGACUGA